AUGGGUAACAGACCAACAACAUAUUUUAAUAAGGAAGGGUGGCUAAAAAUUGGUAAGAGAUUCAAAGAAUUGACUGGCAGGGAUUACGACCAGCUUACAUUUAAAAACAAAUGGGACCAGUUGAAGAAGGAAUGGAAAAUAUGGAAGGAGUUGAAACGUGGAUCUACUGGCCUGGGUUGGGAUCCGAUUAAAAGUCCGAUUAAAAGUACAAUUGAUGCUCCAGCUGAAUGGUGGGCUGAAAAACUAGAGGCGGUACCAGCAGCGAAGAAGUACAAACAGUGCGGAAAAGAGCCGAAAUUUGAAGAGAAACUGGACAUAAUGUUUAAGUGGGUUGUCGCAACGAGAAAGUUUUCAUUCAACCGUACUGAAAGCGGUUUUACAGGGAUACCAGAUGAGAUCACACUUGAGCCAUUGACACCCGAUGAAGAAGUGCAUAGCAUUAACCAGCGGGAUAUGGGGGAGUCCAGUACAAUUUUAAAGAGGCCAAGGAUUGCUAUGAAAAAUAAAGAGAAGGAACAUUCUCUGAACACCUCCUUCGAUCGCUUAAUUGAAGCUUUUGCAGCUCCACCAAUAUCUGAUUCUCACAUAUUAGACUGUCUCGGGCUUUUGGGCACUAUUCCUGAAGUUGUGGCCGUCAAACAAUUUCACGUACAGUGUGUGAAAAAACUUGAGGACCCAACUCGAAUCAAAAUUUUCAUGGCGCUACAGAUCGCAGUGUUUCCCUCGCCCCCCAUCAGUUAUACAAACAUGACUUCAAUGAUAUCAGGUACGGACAGAGGGAUUUUAUGUUAUUGUGGACUAUCGUCUCCAUUGCUAACGUCACGUAAGGAGCAUAGCUUUGGGAGGCAGUUCUAUGGUUGUGCUAGAGGUGUUUCAGCUCGUUGCGGUUUCUUCCGGUGGGCUGAUAGUCUGACAUAUUACACUGCCAGUAGUCGUGCCAGCAGUCAUGUGGAUCCGAUGUUUUCUUAG